UCACGGACCUAUUGCCUGCUUCUUAAAGUGGUGAUGCCCUUGUACUUUCGAGCAAUCAGUGCGUAUUAAUGAUUUCCUUUUUUCCUACUGCAGUAGAAAACUGUUAAAGUGAAUCAAUUCCCGUCAGUCUAGAGUUCUAAUGUUGAAAGGAAGACUUGCUGGGGACAGAAGUCCACUGUUGUGCAUUUUUCUCAGUGCCGUGGCCUGUUGGGAGGCAGAGAGGAUGAGCUGUCCUGUGUUGAAAUGCAUCACAAGGCCUUGAUGAUUAAAAUAAGAAAGCACUUCAAUUUACGGAGUGAAUGUCAUGGAAGACAAAAUGGCCUCCAUUAAAGAAGAGGAUUGUGACUGGAGCUCUGCCCAAUAUGCACAUGAGGGUUUCAGUGGGAAUGAGGACUCUGAUGAGCGAAUCUAUGUUUCUAGACAGAAGGAGGAGGCUGUGAGCAUUAAAGCAGAGGAUUGUGAGCAGUACACUAUUACCCCUGACAUACAACACCAUGCAACUUUAAAUGUUUCCAAGGAAGAUGUGUCUCCAGAAAAUGACUUGUUACCACCAUUGGAUUCGGCUUACAAAACAGAAAUGUCUAAUUUGGGGUGCAAGGAGAGAAGGAAACAUUCUCUUAAGCUGAAACUUGAAGACAAAGAAAUGAAAAUGAAACGAGAAUCGAGUGCACCACCUCUUGGAUUAUGCUUGCAAGAGGAUGGCAGCUGUUACUCACUUCAGUGUAGACAUCAGGAGAAGCAGCAAAUUGAAGAUGGGAAGAAGCUGACAGAGAGUCUGAGGCCAUCUUCUUUUCAUGUUGGGAAGUCAACAGGGUUAGGUGCCACCAGUGCUCGAGAACAAAUGCAAAAUAGUGAAUCCCUUGCUUUAGAUGUCUGCCAAGAAAAUGAGAAAAGUUCAACCUCCAAAUCUGAUUGUAAAGAUCACGGAAGUGUUCAUGUAGCAGGAAAGCCUUUCUGCUGUUCUGAAUGUGGUAAGCGAUUCUCGCAAACUCGAAAUCUUAAGACCCACUUAAGAAUUCACACCGGUGAGAAGCCGUAUUGCUGUGCUGAAUGUGGUAAACAAUUUUCCUACAGUAACAAUUAUCAGAGACACAGAAAAAUGCAUACUGGAGAGAAGCCAUAUUGUUGUACUGAUUGUGGCAAACUGUUUUCAAAGUCUAGUGAUCUUCAAAUACACACAAGAAUUCAUACUAGAGAAAAGCCGUAUCCCUGUUCUGAAUGUGGAAGAAGAUUUGCACACAUCAGUAAUCUUAAGUCACAUGCAACAGUUCAUACUGGGGAGAAGCCAUUUUGCUGUUCAGACUGCAGCAAACGAUUUUCCCUGCUUGGUGAGCUAAAAAAGCACAAGCGGAUACACACAGGUGUGAAACCACAUUGUUGUGCUGAAUGUGGGAAACGAUUCUUAAAGGCAAGCAAUCUUAAAGUACACUCAAGAGUUCACAAUGGAGAAAAAACACACUUCUGUUCUAACUGUGGUAAGCGAUUCUCACAUGCAAGUGAUGUUCAGAGACAUAUGAAAAUUCAUACUGGGGAAAAACCAUAUGGCUGUUUUGAAUGUGGCAAACAGUUUUCAACUAUCAGUUAUGUUACAAGGCACAUAAAGAUACACACCGGAGAGAAGCCAUAUAGCUGUUCUGAAUGUGGUAAACAAUUCUCGAUAAUAGGAAAUCUUCGAAGACACACAAAAAUUCAUGCCAGAGAGAAGCUUCAUCCUGCUCAGAAUGUGGCAAACAAUUCUCGGAUAUAUAGGGUGGUCCAGAUCUAAUUAUGCAAUUUACA